AAUUUCUGUAUUGUCACCAUGUUCUGUUUGAUAAGCACUACACUACAAUUUCAUCGUUUCUGUUCUAGAUCGCCUUUGAAAAUGGUAUCCGGCACCGAGAUUCGUUCCUGGUGCUGUGUGCCUUACAGGGUAUGAUUUUCAUCAGCACAUUUUUCUUCCUGCCCAGGAAGAUCAUUCACGAAGCAGAGUUCAUGAAAGACUUGAGUAUCAGGGUGAAAAUAGAUAGCGAGGUAUGUGAAGAAAAAAACAAAUCACAGGCGGACCAUGAUGGUAACAAGUCGCAGGUGGAUCAUGGAGUAACACGUGCUGAUGGUAACAAGUCGCAGGUGGAUCAUGGAGUAAAACGUGCUGAUGGUAACAAGUCGCAGGUGGAUCAUGGAGUAACACGUGCUGAUGGUAACAAGUCGCAGGUGGAUCAUGGAGUAACACGUGCUGAUGGUAACAAGUCACAGGUGGAUCAUGGAGUAACACGUGCUGAUGGUAACAAGUCGAAGGUGGAUCAUGGAGUAACACGUGCUGAUGGUAACAAGUCGCAGGUUGAUCAUGGAGUAACACGUGCUGAUGGUAACAACUCGCAAGUGGAUCAUGGAAUAACACGUGCUGAUGGUAACAAGUCACAGGUGGAUGAAGCACAACUGGCUAAUGGAAGUGAGUGUGCCAAGGACGUAUCAAUAACCAUGGACGAUGUGUCAAUAUCCAAACAUGUUGAACAAGUAAAAGACAAUCGCGGCAAUAAGGAGCAAAUGUCGUCUUCCUGCAGUAGGGACGGACAACGUUCACUCAAAAGUUGUCUGUUAUCAGCGCCGUUCAUCUUGCAUGUGUUGUGGAUGAGUGUCCUCAACCUCAGAGCCCUCUACUUCAUCCAGACCCUCAAUCCGUGGCUAAACGUCGUCUUCAACAACGACAAGAGUAAAGUGAGCUAUUACACGGACGCGUGGCUAUACACUAUGAUGGGAUCAAUCCUGACGUCUCUUCUAGCAGGCGCCAUUCACGACUGGCAGAAGAAGGUAUUUGCAAAAAGUUUGUCUGUUAAGCGCUGUCAGCGUAUGCCAUAUGUGCUGCCGUUGUCCCUGACAACCGUACUGGGCGUGUGUCUGUCUGUCCUGAUGUUUGUCCCUCUGUCCGAGAGUCUGUACGCGACGUUCAUCGAUUUCGUGUUGCUGCGGUCCUUCCUGUUCGCCAUGACGAUUUCCUUCCUCAGCUCCAUAUUCCCCACAGAAUACUACACCGUGCUUCUAGGUUGUCUUCUUAUAACAGUGGCUCUGUUUUCCACUCUCCAGUACGCUCUGUUUGAGUGGGUAAAGGUCACAAGUUAUGAUCAGGUCAAUCUGUUUCUGGUGUUUUUGGUGUGUGUCGCCUUUCUCCAUCCAGCCUACCAGUGGUACAAAAGUCGACAAGCAGAGUUCAAAGUCAAAAAACAGCAAACUCUAGAUGGCGAAAUUAAAUAAUAAAA